GGGUGGAAUUAAAGACCCGUGUUUGCAAUAUUCUUACCCCCGGAGUUACACACAAUGUUUUUCAUCACACUUGGGAAGAAAAAACUAAAUUUUAGGCGAAAUAAUUCUUAAAUACCGUUUUAAAAAAAAGCUAUAACUCCCUAGGGAGUUCAGCACACCUGCAUGAUAUAAGAUCUUUUUCGAGCAAGUGUGAUGAAAAAUACUUUUUCAUCAUUAGUUGUGCUGUACAUUUUAUGGCUUGUAACUCUACUUUCACCGAUUUCUCCGAGAACUACACUUCAUAAACAUCUAAUAUUACUUGUUUAUUUAUGAUUGACAUGAAAAUGAUUUGAAGAUCAGUCUGGCCUAGUGGGUAGUGACCCUGUCUAUGAAGCCGAUGGUUCUGGGUUCAAAUCCCGGUAAGGCAUUUAUUUGUGUGAUGAGCACAGAUAUUUAUUCCUGAGUUAUGGAUGUUUUCUAUGUAUUUAGGUAUUUGUAUAUUAUAUACAUAUAUCGUUGUCUGAGUCUUCUUGGCUUACCGUGGGACUUAGUCAAUUUGUGUAAGAAUGUCCCUAUAAUAUUUAUUUAUUUAUUAUUUAUUUCUUGUGAUAUAAAAAGCUGUUUGUAGAUGCGUUACAUGCCACUCAUGCAUUUUGACGUGUCGGUGUACGAUUCAGUCAUCUUGGCUAGAUCAAAACCAUAAAAUGAUGAAGGGUCUUUUUUGUUAAAGAUAAUUUUAACUGACGACUUCAAAGAAUGGCCCCUCAAGAUACGGACGCGAAUGCUGUCCUGUUCGAGGAUGACGCGGAGACAGAGGACGUAGGCCUGGCGAAGAUGCCGGUCCAGCAAGCCGGGGCCCAAAAGUGGGAGACCAAUUACGAAUGGCAUAUAAUCGUCUUCCUCCCGCUGGUCUAUACAGCCGGGCUGUAUGGAGGCUACCUGUUCCUGGUUUCGGCGACAUGGCAAACGAAGAUAUUUACCAUCUUCUUGUACGUGACGUCGAUCAUAAGCAUCACAGCGGGAGCCCACCGGCUCUGGAGUCACAAGGCCUACAAGGCUAAAUGGCCUCUUCAACUUAUCCUAAUGUUCUUUCACACUAGUGCUCUCCAGUACUCGGUGAUAAACUGGGUGCGCGACCACCGCAUGCACCACAAGUACGUGGACACGGACGCCGACCCGCACAACGCCACACGAGGGUUGUUCUUCUCCCACGUCGGUUGGGUGAUGAUGGGUAAACACCCGGAGUUCGAGCGCAAGAGCAAGGGGUUGGACCUAAGCGACGUCGAGUCGAAUUCUAUACUGCGGUUUCAGCAAAAGUAUUACGUAAUCCUGGUCACGAUUAUCUGCUUCAUCCUCCCCACUGUUAUCCCAGUCUACUUGUGGAACGAGACCUGGAUGAACGCCAUCUUAGUGCCCGGGUUGUUCCACCGCGUCUGCGUAUACAACGCCGUUGGACUAGUCAACUCCGUUCUGCACAAAUGGGGGUACAAGCCCUACGACAAGAAUAUGGCGGCUACACAAAUUAGUUUAGUCAAUUAUGUUUUAUUUGGAGAAAACGCCCAUAACUACCAUCACGCUUUUCCGUGGGAUUAUAGGACUUCAGAACUCAGUGCAAGCACGACGUUUAGUUUGACUACGGCGUUUAUAAAUUUAUUUGCAAGAAUCGGCUGGGCUUAUGACUUAAAGACUAUCUCUGAUGACAUUAUCCGGAAGCGUGUUAUGCGUACUGGAGAUGGCUCUCACCAAAUUUGGGGGUGGGGCGACAAGGACCAGUGUAAAGAAGAGAUGAAUGCAGCUGAAAUAAUAUACCCUAAGCAUGAUUAAUAAAUAAGACUACUCUUAACUUGUUGAUUAAUUUCUACUUAAACGUUUCUAGAUAGUUUAUGCAAUUUUGUUUUACAUGUAGAUUGAGGAGAUGUAAGUGGUUCAGCCAAAUCUGAAAAAAAGCUUCCUGAGCAGAACUGUUUUUCUGGAUAGGCUUUUGAAUUACAACUUCGGCAUGAUCAAGAUGUAGUGGAAUAAAAAUAAAAAUAUUUAUAUUAUUUAUUAUUUUUCGGUACCCGAGCAAUAAAUACAGGUAGAUUUUACUCUAAAUGUGGAGUAGCAAAAUGUAUUGAAUAAAUAAAUAUUAUAGAUUAAUCUUCCAUAAAUCAAGGAGCCCCAAAAUAGGUAAACUCAACUUGCACUGACUGACCUCCAACCCAAUAGGGAAUCCAGAGUAUAUAGUACUCUCUCCAGCAGGAAGCGGAGGUGAGUAGUAGGCUAAGGACUGAAGAGUGGUUGUUUAACUUGGACUUGUUCGGUAAAUUUUCACCUCUAGGUAAUAUAUGUUGUUGCUUAUAGAAUA